AUGGGCUCCUUAGUGACAGACCUCCCGGCGGCCUUUCAGACCACGCUGUUGAAGGAUGGCAACGAGAAAGGCGACAACAUCCACAAGGAGAUCCAUGAUCAUGACAUAACGAUUGGCGAUGAAGUCACGAAGGAAGAGGCCCGCCACAUGGUGGAAUUGACCGAGGAAGAGAGGGUCAUCGAGAAGAAGCUUCGCCGGAAGAUUGACAGCCUCAUCAUGCCGCUGGUGGUGCUGGUCUACUUGAUGAACUACAUCGACCGGAACAACUAUGCCGCGGCGAAGCUGCAGGGAUUGGAACGAGACUUGAAUCUGAAUGACACGGAGUACCAAGUCGGACUCAGCAUUCUUUUCGUCGGCUAUGUCCUCAUGCAAGUCCCAUCGAACGCAAUGCUCAACUUCUGCGGCAAGCCAUCUUGGUACCUUGGUUUCUUCAUCAUUGCCUGGGGCUUGGUAUCUACGCUCACCUCACAGGUGCAAAGCUAUGGCGGGAUCGUCGCGUGCAGAUUCAUCCUCGGUGUGGUGGAGGCACCGUUCUUUCCUGGAAUUUUAUUCUAUCUCUCGAAAUGGUACACCAAAAGUGAACUCAACCUACGAAUGUCAAUCUUCUACUCUGGAUCCCUCAUCUCUGGAGCCUUUGGCAGCCUGAUCGCGGCUGGCAUUCUCAGUGGCCUCGACGGCGCUCGUGGUUUGGCUUCAUGGCGAUGGCUCUACAUCAUCGAAGGCACCGUCACCAUCUUCAUAGGAUUUGUCGUCACGUUCCUCCUCCCAGACUUCCCUCACACGUGGAAACUUCUCACUCCAGAGAUGAAGGCCGUCGCCAAUCGCCGAAUGGCCCUUGACGCUGCGGAAGCUGACCUUGAUGCCGGCGGCAAGACGAGCCAUCUCGCUGGUAUGAAGGCGGCCUUCAAGGACCCUAAGACGUACAUACUGGCUAUUGCCUACCAUGGAAUCACAGGCGCUGCAGGAUUCCAAAACUUUUAUCCAACGUUAACGCAGACUCUUGGAUACGACAGUAUUAUUUCAUUGUUGCUGGUUGCUCCGCCAUACGUGUUUACGGUCUUCUACUCCCUGGCACACGGCUUGACCUCCGACAAGGUCGGCAAUCGUUUCUGGUUCUACAUGUACCCUGUCCCGAUUGUAAUCGUCGGAGCCCUGCUGUUCAUGUUCACCGAUGGAUUCGGACCGAGAUACUUCAGCCUGUUCUUGCUCAAUUUCAUCUUCGUCAUGAACGGAACUAUCUACGCCUGGAUCGCCAACGCCAUCCCCCGGCCCCCAGCCAAACGCGCCGCAGCCCUCGCCUUCAUGAACAGCAUCGGCAACGCGGCCUCCAUCUGGACGCCCUUCACCUACAACGACGCCGACAAACCCUACUACCGCGAAGCGAUGGGCAUCAACAUCGGCCUCGUGGGCAUCGCGGGCAUCUGCGGCAUCAUCAUGCGGUUCUACCUGCAGUACCAGAACCGCCAGCUCGAACGCAUGGAGAACGAGGACGCCACGCUGACGGAGCGCGACGUGAAGAAGUUGGAGAAGACGGCGGAGUUGGAGGGGAUUGAUAUUGCCACUGCGAGGAUGUUGCAGAAGGGGUAUAGGUAUAUUAUUUGA